AUGCGAUUCGAAAUAAAUAUUUUUCUUCUGUCGGUAUUGUCCAUUAUUGCUCAGAUAUCCAACUCAAGUCCGUCUGUGAUUAAUGGAACACAGACCAUGGAAUUAGAUCAAUUGAUACUAAAAGAUGAUGCAACCGUGGAGAAUUCGGAUUCGGCAAUCGAAAGAAUUUCAAAAGUUUUGGACUGUUUUGUGAAUUUAUCAAACGAAAGUGGCGAGACUACAUGGAAUAAAUGCCAUGACGUAUUUUCGUCGAUUUGGAUUUCGGUACGACAUAAGCUGUUCGACAACGACAGCGAAAUCGGAGAUAUUCGCACAACUGAAAGUACAAAAUCGAAGAAAAAUAAAUGGAACAUACAGACUUUAAUGCUCGGUGCAGGAGUGAAGCUUAUUUUGUUCCUACCAGUUUUGGCUGUUCUGACAGGGAAAGCAAUUUCGCUAAGUUUGACAUCACUGUUGAUCACGUCUUUGGGUUUCCUUUACAGAAACCAAUUGGACUCGUUUGUCUAACACAGCGAUUUUAUGUGGUAUAUUAAAUUUAUACUACAA